AUUCCAUCCUCGAAUGCUUCCACAGCACGUCACUCGCUUUAUCUAUCUGAUAUCGUGCUCGGUUUGGCCAAUUGGUUGCGUAUCCUAGUCUUUUGCGCUUAACGCCGGUCCGCUCGGGACCGCCAAUUCCGACCACCUUUGGUACCCUAAUCCCCGGCAGCGGACUCGCUAAAGUACGUCACGCCGUGAGAGUCAAGCCGGUGACCGUCAGUCUUUUGCUGUUUCUAGGCUUGGCUACCAUCUUCAUAGUAACGCUAUGUUGCGUUCAUCGUUAAGGGCAGGCCGGAGGUCGGCUCCGGCCUUGCAGAAACCCGGACGUUUACUGAGAUCGGAUAGCCCUCUACUCCGCUGGAGCCAGAUAAGAAGAUCUGCUUCGACUGUCACAAGCCUUGAGAACUUUCCGGAUAUCGGUGAGGGGAUCCAUGGGUUUACUGUUCAGGAGAAGAAGCACGUUCCAGAACUGCACCUUACAGCAAUCCGCUUGAAGCACGACAAAACCGAUGCCGACUACAUCCACGUGGCUAGAGAAGACAAGAACAAUGUAUUCGGUAUCGGGUUCAAGACGAAUCCUCCAGAUGCUACUGGCGUGCCGCAUAUCUUGGAGCAUACUACACUUUGCGGAAGUGAAAAAUAUCCCAUCCGCGACCCCUUUUUCAAGAUGCUACCUCGGUCUCUCUCAAAUUUUAUGAACGCCUUCACCUCCGCUGACCAUACUACCUACCCUUUCGCCACGACAAACCCGCAAGACUUCCAGAAUCUCCUCUCGGUCUAUCUUGACGCCACUUUCCAUCCGUUGUUGAAGGAAGAAGAUUUUAGACAGGAAGGAUGGCGGCUAGGUCCGGAAGAUCCUCGCGCCAUAUUGGCCGGCGGAGAACAAUCACAGGCGGAGCAGAAGCCAGAGGAUAUCCUCUUCAAAGGUGUCGUCUACAACGAGAUGAAGGGCCAAAUUUCGGACGCCAAUUACCUCUACUACAUCAAAUACAAGGAGAAUAUCAUUCCCGCCCUCAACAACUCUGGAGGAGACCCUCAGUACAUCACCGAUUUGACCCACGAACAAUUGGUCGAAUUUUCGAAGCGCAACUACCACCCCAGCAAUGCCAAGAUUUUCACCUACGGUGAUAUGCCACUAAGCGCUCAUCUCCAACAAAUCGGGGGCGUGCUGGAUGGCUUCCAAAAGGGAGAGGCUGACACCGCUGUUAAGUUACCGAUCGAUCUUUCUCAGGGUCCUCAGAGCGUGACUGUUUCGGGGCCGAUCGACACAUUCGCCAGCGAAGACAAACAGCACAAAACGUCGACUUCAUGGUAUAUGGGGGACGCUGCUGACGUUGUCGAGACGUUUUCGGCCGGUAUUCUUUCCUCGCUGCUCCUUGACGGUUAUGGAUCGCCUUUGUAUCGAGCUUUGAUCGAAAGUGGCUUGGGGUCUUCAUUCACGCCUAACACGGGCCUUGACGCUUCAGGUCGUGUGCCCGUGUUCUCAGCUGGUGUUACCGGUGUGAGUGCAGAAGAAGCACCUAAAGUCAAAGGUGCCAUUCAACAGGUCUUCCAGGAGUGUCUCGCCACGGGCUUCAGUGACGAGAAGGUUCGCGGUUUCCUUCACCAAUUGGAACUAGCUCUAAGACACAAGACUGCCAACUUUGGUAUCGGUGUCAUGGAGAAAACCAUCUCCUCAUGGUUCAAUGGCUCCAAUCCCAUGAAGGAACUCGCCUGGAACGAGUCCUUAAUGCAGAAGUAUCUCAUGAAUGACAAUUGUCUGACCUUCACCAUGGUCGGCAGUCCUACUUGGAACCAAGAGUUGGACGAACAAGAAAUGGUUCGGAAGGAGGAAAAGUUCACCCAGCUCAUUGAGCAGCAUGGCUCCCUGGAGAAGGUGGUCGCUAAGCUGACAGAGGAAGAGCUUCAAUUGUUGAAGACCCAGGAGGAGGCACAGAACGCAGAUUUGUCAUGCCUUCCUUCCCUUCGUGUUGCUGAUAUUUCUCGGGAGAAAGAGCGCAAGCCUGUUCGAGAGUCGAAGGUUGACGGCGUAGACGUCGUCUGGCGCGAGGCUCCUACCAACGGUUUAACCUACUUCCAAGCGUUGAACGCGUUUGAAGAUUUGCCAGAUGAUCUCCGUCUCUUGAUGCCGCUAUUCAAUGACUGCAUAAUGCGUCUCGGCACAGCCAGCAAGUCAAUGGAGCAGUGGGAGGAUAUCAUCAAGUUGAAGACGGGUGGAAUCUCCACAUCCUCCUUCCAUAUAUCAUCCCCGACGCAGCUUGGAAAGUUCGCCGAGGGUCUCCAAUUCUCUGGUUAUGCCUUGGACAAGAACAUCCCGAAGAUGCUGGAGAUCAUGACUACACUUGUCACUGAGACCGACUUCACUGGUCCCAGUGCGCCAGCCAUGAUCCAGGAACUGCUGCGACUGACGACCAACGGCGCCUUGGAUGCAGUGGCUGGUUCAGGUCAUCGUUAUGCCCUCAAUGCCGCUGCAGCAGGUCUUUCACGUAGCUUCUGGGUUCAAGAACAACAAUCCGGCCUUGCCCAGUUGCAAGCUACAGCUAAUCUGCUGCGAGAUGCAGAGACCUCGCCAGAACGCCUUGCGGAAUUGAUUGAGAAGCUUCGCCAAAUUCAGUCGUUUGCUAUUUCUAAAUCCUCUGGUCUCCGUGUUCGGAUGGUCUGUGAGCAGAGCAGCGCCAAGCAAAAUGAGUCGGUGCUACAAAAGUGGCUUACGGGCUUACCACAAGUCCGCUCACCGACAUCUACACCCAGCAUUUCAGCUCUCGGCUUGGGUGCCCACAAGGCUUUCUAUGACAUGCCUUAUAAGGUCUAUUACUCAGGCUUGGCUAUGCAGACCGUCCCUUUCACCAGCUCAUCCAGUGCAUCACUUAGCGUUCUCUCUCAGCUUCUGACGCAUAACUACCUCCACCCAGAGAUUCGUGAGAAAGGCGGCGCCUAUGGCGCGAGUGCCAUGAAUGGUCCGGUGAAGGGAAUGUUCGCUUUCACUAGUUAUCGGGAUCCCAAUCCUGUUAACACCCUGAAGGUCUUCGAGAACAGUGGUGUCUUCGCCAGGGACCGAGCUUGGUCGGAGCGGGAGCUCAACGAGGCGAAACUGGGCAUUUUCCAGGGUCUCGAUGCUCCAAUGAGCGUUGAUGAAGAGGGUGCGAGAUAUUUCAUGAGCGGCGUGACCCAUGAGAUGGAUCAGCGCUGGAGAGAGCAGGUCCUUGAUGUCACGGCUAAGGAUGUUAAUGAAGCAGCUGAGUCCUUCUUGGUCCAGGGCUCGCAGCGGUCCAAGGAUUGGAUGGAAUCGGACGGCUGGGAUAUGAGGAAGCUUUCCAUGGGAGUCUCCGCAUUAGCAGUUCAUGACGUGGUCCGACUGCAACAAGACACGCCAGAUAGAAACCAGGACAUCGAUGCGAUCCUUGGCCGCCUGGAUAGGAUUGAGAGUGCCCUGGGCUUAGAUAGAGGAAGCAGCUCCGUAACAGAAGGUAGUCUCGACACAGAUCAGGAUGAAGGGUCCGAGAACAUGUCUCUGCGCUCUCUCUGGAAGGCCGUCAGACACCUCAAACAGAUCACACGGCCUGUUCAGGAUGAUGCUCUCUGGUCACGGCCAGUUAUCAAGCAUCUGUGGUAUUCAUUCCUCAACAACCUACCCCUCCUCCAUUUCUUGAAGGAUCAGAGUGCUUUCGCAUCACCGUCUCCCCUUUUACUUGCAUCAGUUCUAUUCAUAUCCGCUCUUCAUGGCCCGUCCAACGAUCUAUCGGAGUUUACGAAAGGAUACUUUGUCGCCCAGUGUUGCGCAAUCGCCGAGCUUGUCAACCCAGUGCCAUACACUCCUCCAUGGGAGAUAUUUGGGAACAGCGCAGAAGACCCUGAUCAAUCCUUAUGUACUAAGGACGAUUCGCUGACUUUUCAGAACAUUCUCGGUCUAAUUAUGGCCAGCUUGGGCUCAGAAGCUUAUGUGCCAACCACUGGCACAUGGAUAGCCAUCGCGUAUCGCCUCUUACUCGAUCACACACCGCGCGAAGUCGAACACACGACUCACGACUGGGCUGGACUGUUCUCAGGUCUCCAGGUAAUCGAUAUUGAGCACGCUUCCAUGCAUAUGUGUUGUCCCCUAUUACCUGAACAACCACCCCUAUCCACCCUUGCCCAAUUCAACGCCCGCAAAGAAAAUGCUUUCCAUGGCCUCAUCCAAAUGAUGCAUCACGGACUCAGUCAUUUUGUCGGAAGAGGUCUCCCCACUAUAUGGUCUUUUGUAAGCGCAAAAGAGCGUGAGGUCCUCUCGCCGAUCCGGACACCCUUCACCGAUGAAGAUGCACGGGUUAUCCGCCUUUGGGCCCGGAAAUUGGACGACUGGCUAGUUCGAUAUAAUGCUGCAUCUCAGCCAUCCCCUUCUGACCGCCAGGGCAUACUCAUCCUCCUACAAUACCAUCUACACAAACUAUACGUCCUAUCCAUAUAUCAUCCGGCCAGAGGAUUCGAUCUAGGUUCUACGGAUAUCGCACCAGCCGAAAGACACGAACUACUAGUCUCAGCCCGUGCAGUUCUGCGGCUUCGUCUAGACGACGCUAGUAUAUGGUCCAACUGGGAUCUGAUAAUGGUAACAUUCGCAGCCAUGCUACUACUCCGAGGGAUCGAAGACGGCGUACUACACCAAGACGACCUGCAGCUAAUUGAAAAGCACAUUGAUAGCCUGAAAAGGAACCAUUCAUCUGUGCCAAGCAUCCAUAGCAUACUGGCUGAUCGACUCGAGUCGGGCCUACAGAGCAUGCAUACACCGCCUGAGAUGGGACCCGAUUUUGCAUUCCCCGCUCCGGAAGAGGAUUAUGCUUGGGCGAUCUUUGAUCAGGAGAUUUUGUCUCUGGCGAAUCCACCGUGGCUGUGUGAAAGUAUGCCUUCCCUUGGGGAGAUGCCAAGAGCAGAUGAGAAUCAGGGUGGGUUGUCGGCGCGAUUGGAGUAUACUGCUUUGGCGCAGGGAGGUGCGGAUGCUCUGGGUGGGGGUAAUAUCGGAUAUGAUUGAUGCUGUGCUGUUAGGUGACAUAGCUAGAUAAAAGUACCGGGCGAGGAGUUU